CACUUUUGACGACACCGCUUUGAAAUAUUGUCAUAGCUGUUUCAGUUGCCCUAUACCCUCUCUCUUCACCUCUUUCGCAUUCUCUCACUACAAGAAGCCAUGAAGGUGCGGUCAUCUGUGAAGAAGAUGUGUGUAUUUUGUCAGAUAGUUAAACGUCGAGGACGUAUCUAUGUGAUUUGCUCAGGGAACCCUAAGCACAAGCAACGGCAAGGCUUGGCAACAUUUGCAAGUGAAGUCCCACCUCCUCCCGUGUCCUCCUCAGAGACAAGUAGCUGCAAGAUGGUACUUAAGCCCUUUCAAAUUCUGAGACCAAGUAUGAUUUCUGCUACUCCUCAAAGGCACAGCUUGUCUACGUUGUAUGGAUGGAGGGUGGGAUUGGCCUCUAUUUUUUCUAUGAAGUAGCAAAAGUAAUUAGUAACCUUGAAAGUCCGAACAUAACAAGAAAUAAGUGUGAAGAGAUAGAUAGUCAACGGUUCUAGAUGAAGGCCUAUGUCUUUAUACUCUCAUUUCUUUGUAUUGGUUGAUGAAGUUGUCUCAAACUUUUUUUGUUAUGAGCAAGUUAUGUACGUCAAGAAUUUUGUUUCUCCGUCAAGAAUAUGGUCAUCAGAAUGUAACCUCCUAAGAAUAUUUGGCGUUUAGUGUUAACUAAAUCAGCAUGUAACAAUUGACAGGACUUUAUAUUUUAAAAUUAAAUAAUAAUAUUCAAGCAUUAUUGUUAUAAA